AUGUCUGCAAUACGGGAGGAAGUCCUGAGAAAUGAAAAUCUGAUCAAACAUCUUCAGGAGAUUGCUAAAGACGCAGCACUUAUACAUGGAAUGUUGAUGCGGACCAAAGAAUCUUCAAACUCAUCUGACGUGGUGAGUUAUGCACCGUUCACAAUGUUUCCCACACGAGUGCCCAGGACUGUUUUUAAUCAGGCACUGGCAGUGCAAACACAUUUUAAUCGUCUGGUGGACCGGAUCAGUCAGGACCCUGAGUUUUUAGAGAAGACCCUGGCUAGCACCAUCAAAGUUGAUGAUUUUACAGCCAGACUUUUUAACAUAUACAAAAAAGUUCAAAAGGAAAGUCAACUCCAGUCGGUAGUUCUGGGUCUAAAUCGCUCAGACUACAUGUUAGACCAGUGUCUAGAUGGUAGGACAUCCUUAAAGCAGAUUGAAAUCAACACUGUUGCGGUAGGUGGCGCUGGUCUUGCUUCAUGUACACCAGAUGUCCAUCGUCACAUUCUGAAGGUUGCAAACCUGUUAGAGGAACGAAAUCAAAUUCUGGACAACAAUCCAGCAGAUGGUCUGGCUAGAGGUUUGGCAAAGGCCUGGGAGCUCUAUGGAUCUGAGAGAGCAGUGGUGAUGUUUCUGGUUGAGGAUGUCCAGAGGAACAUUUAUGACCAUCGAUAUGUAGAAAAUGAGCUGUGGAAAAGAAAUAUUCCUGUGAUUAGAAGACGGUUUGAUGAUGUUUGCCGAACUGGAUUUCUGGAUGACAGCAGGAGGCUUUUUGUAGAUGACAGAGAGAUUGCCAUUGUCUACUACCGUAAUGGAUACAUGCCUCAAAACUACACGUCAGAUCAGUAUUGGGACACACGUUUGAUGAUGGAGCGCUCUCUGGCUGUGAAAUGUCCAGACAUCAGCACCCACCUUGCUGGUACCAAGAAGGUCCAGCAGGAGUUGGCCCAACCGGGGGUACUAGAGCACUUCUUCCCUGAUGAACCCGAAACAAUCGCUCAAAUCCGGGCCACUUUCACUGGACUGUACACCUUGGAUAUGGGAGAAGGUGACAAAACAGUGGCAAUGGCGUUGGCCAAUCCUGAUCAGUAUGUGCUUAAACCUCAGAGGGAGGGAGGCAGUAAUAACAUAUAUGGCCAAGAGAUCUGUGAGGUGCUGAAGAACUUAAAGAACUCCAAUAAAAGAUCUGCUUAUAUAUUGAUGGACAAAAUCCAACCCAACCCAGUGCUGAACUACAUUGUCCGGGCAGGAGAUCCUGUCAAACUUAAAUCCUGUCUGAGUGAGCUGGGUGUGUUUGGAGCGUACGUCAGGAAAGGCAAAAACCUGGUGUUUAAUGAAUGUGUGGGACACUUGCUGAGGACCAAGAGCUCUGAACAUGCAGAUGGCGGUGUGGGUGCAGGAAUAACAGUUCUGGACAACCCACUGCUUUUCUGA